CACAUUGUAAUGAAGCAAGUCCUCUCCCUGUAAGAGAAAGUGAGGGUGUGUAUGUAUGUGUGUGUAAGGGAAUGGUAUGAUCUACAAGGAGAGUGUGUAUAGAUGAGGGAGGGUGCAGUGAUAGAAAGCUUGCACCACUACGGGAUGGAUGUACCGCUGUCUCCUUUUUUUACACAUAGGCACAGAGCACUGUCAUAAUGGAGAAUGCAAUGUAUGGGUUACUGCACAAGGCUUGUAGUGGCGUUGUAUAGGCUAGCCAUACCGGCACACACACACCCACACACUCUCACGCGUUAUCUCCAUACAUAUAGCCUGGUCUGUGACUGCCCUCUCCUUUUUUUUUACCUCUAACCCAAAAUAAGCUACCUGGAUUGUUUUAAGUCAACUUGAUUUUGCUGAUUUUUUGUGAGAGAUAUAUCCCUUGAGCAGAUUAGGUUGUCAGUACUAUGGAGGCAUUUACCAGGACUGUUUAGCCAAAAGGAGAUGGGAUUGAAAAAGGUUGCGCUACGUACGUUUUACAGUUCAUACUUGGAUUAAUGGCAGCAAUGAUAAUAAGCUAACUGGCAAAGUGAAGCAGCAGCCAGUUGCUUUAGGGAUACAUCCUAAUGUGAUGUGAGUGGUUUGCCUGUGUGUUUCAAGAGUACAUUACCAAUGAGCACAGUAUGGAUCAUAAUCCAAAGCACCUCAUCCGUCGUGCCAUAGCAGUAGGCUAAUCCAUUUUGUCUUUGGAUAUCUUUGGGAGUUCUAACUCAAUCUGGAUUAAUAUCAACUUUAUAUCCAUGAUAUAUUUCACAUGCAUUGAUAUCCUAGGAUCACCGGCAAUUUGGAAUUCUGUCUUCAAAUAUUAAUUUUUCACAUUUUAUAGGAUUAUCCAUUUUAAACCUGGAUCAAUUUGAUAAAUGGAUGGUACCAGGAAAUUCUGCAAUGUGGAAAUUUUGGGAGAAUGAACAAGGAAGGCAGACUGGAAUAGCUUUGAUGGUUAUAUAGAGUGUUGAGGAAGGAGCAUCACCAUGCAACGCUUGUGUUCAAGCUGCCUGAGAGGGCUAAAGAUGGGGUUAGCUCCAAGCUUCCCUAUUGAGAUGGAACCUGUGCACUUUGAACCUGCAGAAAUCUUUACUAGUACAGGCAAACGAAGAGUGGAAGGAGAGGCCCUGCAGGUGGUGCGCUGCCCAGAAAACAUCACCGAGGAUAUAUACAGGGAUAUAGUCAACCGGCGCACCUACCACAGUCCUCAUGACCACCUAGAGCACAUCAACUUUGAGCAGUUGAGUGAAAAGUACCCAAACUGGACUCGCUCAAAUAUAUCUGAAUUUCGGAUAGAGUUCAUCACCAACGACAAGGACAAGGACUCGUUGCUAAAUUAUGACGAGGUCUCUGAAGUCCUUAAUAAACUUGGGGAUGACUCCCCAACCAAUGUACGAUUCCACUGCUUUGUACAAACAAUGAAGUCAAUGAAGUACCCUGAGCUUGGGAAUAAGGUAGACUUUCAAGAUUUCCUUGAAUUGUGCCAUCUAUUGGUUCAGGUACGAGCUAAAGAGGCCGGUAGCUCCUGCGAAGAGAUCAAACUAGAGGCUUCUGGAGGUAGAACUGAAGGCGCUAGAGCAACGCCAUCACCAGAACCUAGGAGAUCUGGCCGGUUGCUGUCGCCCCGUACCCGCCGGUCAGCUACCGGUAACUCAUCACCACGGUUAAGUGGCACAAGCGCAGAUAGUAGUCCGGCAUGCAAAGCAAAACCCAAAACUCUAUGUUCUUGCCCUCUUGCUGACAUAUCUGAGACUGAAGCAGACGCAAGGAUCUUACGGGGAAAGAGCGGUAAAGGAAGGGUCAAAUCACAUGAUCAUGUGGAUAAUAUUCUGAAGAACCAUUGUGUGACGCCUGCAUUCAACAGGACAACUGCCGUUUACAACCAACUAGGCAACCCAGAGACCACCAGACUGGAGACCACCAGACUGGAGAAAGCAGAUAACACAAGGUACAGUAGUGACCAUAAGGUUCCUAAUAACAGGGUAACGUGACAACAACAACCCACAUACAUGCAGUAUUUACAUUAAAUACAAGUCAAAAAGCAAUAAAUCCGCCACUGCACAAGCAAAUAUAUGAAUUAACAUGGAAAAAAAGAGUGGGAGAGACAAUAAAAGAUCAGGUCAUACACACAAAGGCCCAGAAACAUUUUGUUUUUUGGUCCAUGAGUAUUGAUCUGAUCAGAAAUCAUGUUGAUGUUUGACUCUCCCAAACACUAUAAAAGUACACCAGACCAGAGCUGCAAUUUGGCUCUGGCAAUUCAAAGUGGACUGAAAAGCCACAAAUGUUAUUGAAUUUUUAUUACAAAAUGUAUGCAUCAAAUGAAUUUCUUCCUCCAAAUUUAGGCUAGAACUUGAGAAAUAUAGCUUGUAGAUGUUGAUUAUCAUUAUAUCGUAUAGGUUUGGAUUUUGUUUCCAUUGGCUAUUGGGAUAUAUCAUAGCACUGAUUUGAUUCUAGAUAUGAUGGAAAGUAGGUUCUUUAGGGUGAACAUACUACUUUAGAAACUACAGCAACAUGCUAGAUGUACAUUAUCUAUGUACAUGAUAUUUUAUUCUAACAAAAUUGUAAAUGAUUUUAUGUAAUAUAUCCUAACCAAUUGCUUACUAUCACAAAAGAUUUUCGAGGUAUAUGAAAUGACAAUUAUAGGUAUUAUAUUGAGUACUUCAUGAAAUAUAUUUCCACUAUUUAGAAAAUGUAUAAAGUACGAAAUGAUGUGAUGUGUUUUCAAAAGUACAUAAAAAGCCUAUCUCUAUUGUACCACAUGCAACAUGAAAGGUAUUUCUAUCCUUUUUAUUGUGGACAUUUUUUCCUGCUUUAAUUUGUAAUAACAGGGGAUUUUUUUGAAUGAUUUGCCUGUAAGGCAGGUCAAAUGACUUCAUGGUGAUAUAAAUGUUGUGUGGAGUUUUUCCCCAUGUAUUAUCUCAAAUCUCUAUAUAUAUGAGUGGGCAGCGUUUGUGUCUGCCCUUUUAUAAUCAAUAUCAGCAGUUUAAAGGGGUAGUAUAAACUUAGCUAGAUAUCUUACGUGCCUUCCCAAUGUUUCCCAAUUAUUAUCAAUGUAUUUCAGAACACUUGAUGAUAUCAUACACAUAUCUAUAUUCCUAAAUGGGAGGAUAUUGUUUUAACACCUAGUAAUCCUAGAUAUUCUGCAUUUCAUAUUUUAUUCUUCAAUUGAUUAUGAUACAAACUUAUUAAAGUCAAGUUUUGUACGCGAACUGGGCUAGGAACAUCGAUGUCCGUGGACAGAAUACAAUAUGUUUUAUCUACUUAUAUGACAUUUCAUACUCUUGUAUUCAAACUUUAAGAACCUAGCAUGAAUUUAAAAUAAUUGUUACCUUAUCAAUUUUUGUUUGAUGAGGAUGCAUAUGUACUCUCUAAGAUUUUGUUAUAUAGAUGAGUUUGUGUGUGUGCAAUAAUGACAGCUUUUUCAAUAUAUAUAUGAAUAUAUCUAUAUAAUAUAUACAUUAUAUUACAAAAUAUUACAAUUUACCCUAUUUCCUCAUAAUUCAGUCUUGAUAACUGAUAUGACUUUUUUAUCAAAUGGUAGAUUUGGUGAACUGGGAAUUAUUUUAGGGAAACCUACGACUUAAAGUACCCAUUUCAGCAAAGUCUGCAUUUAAGUCUUACUAGAAAUUCUGGUGUAUUAUAAUUUUCUGAUUAAAAAAGUGUGGUCAAUAAAUGUAGAUGAAGUAAGUUUCAAGAUUGACAGAUCUCCAUAAAAAAAAAGAUGCGAUAAGUUAAUGAGGUAUAGGAAAUAUAGAAGAGAGAUACCAUUUUUUGGACAGGACUAGACAGACAUUACAAUGAACUUUAUACUAAUCCACUUGCCCAUUAUUCAUAAAAAAACAAUUUCCCAACAGGAACAGCAUUGUAUUUUCAAUAGCAUAGACAAAAAAAGAAACAAAUGAAACAAUAUCUUUAAGUACGUGGUUGCAUUCACUGUAAGGAUACACAGGCAAAUUUAUAUCCCACUCUCUUAUUUCUAAUUAGAAAUAAAUUAGAUAAAUACAAGUUUUGCCAAUGAAACAUCCAAGGAAAAAAUAACAUUGAAAAUAAAUCCUAUGAAAAUAUACUUACUCAAUCAUGAAGAAUCCCUGAAAGAUAAGUGGAAAAUAAGUUCUGCUUACAAUCUGUGGUUAAAAGUUUUACAUCAAUAAGUGCUUUCAGGAUACUAGAAUUCCGUAAAUUAUGAAUCAUAUUUCAUAAUGUAAAUCAUUUGCACUAAUACAAAAAGAGUUUUACACAAGAGAGACAGAGUUGUCAAGAUAAAGAUAAAUUCUUUCUUUUCCUGCUAACUAUUUGUCUCAGUAAAAAUUAACAGGUAUCCAACUACCAUGUUCACCUAUGAAUAAAACCAUACAUACCGAAUUGUUUGAUUUCUUUCUUUGUCCAUGACUUGUAGCAAAAAUUCUAACACAAGACUGGUCUUUCUAUUCACAUGCAUGUAAUUUGAGCUCCUGUCAUAAGGUGAAUUCAAGUUUAAUCAUUCAGAUUGGAAUAUAUCCUGUCUGGAUUUCUGUUGAAAUUGAUUUAAUGACUGACAACACAAUUGAAAUGAGUCAUACCACUACGUAAUGAAUCUGUGUUUGGUGUGCUGACGACUCCUACCUCAUGUUCACACAAAGAGCAAACGAUGUUUGAAACAAUAUUUGUGGGUCCGUGGAGACAAUCUGGUGGGACUGAACAUUAUUAAGUUUACGUCCUUCAGAAUGUUAGACUGAAAAGAGGACAAAAGGAUGAGACAAUGAUGUAACUUGGUUGCCUGCAAGCGACAAUAUUAUUCAAAUUAAUAUACCUACUAAAGUUGUUACUAUCAAAAGUUUACUAUUGUUGAGAAAGGAAUAUCACAGAUUUGAAGUUUAUCACCAGUUUAUAUUUCUCAGAGGUUGAUAUUGUCUGUAGAGAUUUCAACUAUGUAUUAUAUAAUUCCAUAAUAUUUUUUUUCAUUUCAUUUGUGUUUCUUCCUAAUGCAGAAUUAUGCCAAUUGCCAUUUUUCUUUCAUGCAAUGUCUGUUUCAUUUGAUUUUUUCACAAUUGUUCUUUUGAUCUCAAAUUGAUCUUUUAGUUUGGAUACUUAACUUGAAUGGUGCAAGCAUAUGAUUAAACUAUUGGUCACUUCCUUCCUGGAGUCAAGAAACUUUGAAUAUAUACAGUAAUAUUUAUAAACCACUUUAUAUUAAAAAGUAUUUCAAAAAUGUAAGACAAAAUUAAUAAAAGGAAUGGUGCAUUGAAAAGGUAUGAAAUAUCUGUUUAAUACAUGCUUUAGUAUGUAAGCAAUUAUUUGACUAUUACUUUAUCGAAUAAAAUAUAUUUGAAGGGAAUGGACACGUAUUUGUCUUCUUUUUCGCAAGCCAAUCUGAUACAUUUCAGGCAGUACAAUUGUAAAGGCAAGUAAGACAUAAACAUGUUACCUUUGCCAAGUGAAUUUUUAUAAGGAAAAGAUAAUUUCCUCUUAAAACCAAGACCCCUAAUAGAUUUAAUCAAAUGCUUGUAACAAAGGACAAUAUCAUGUAAUGUAGGCAAAGCACACCAUACAUGGUAGUACACUGCAAUGAUAUGAAUAGGCCUAAAAUGAAGGUUCCAUAUAAAUACAAAACCAAAACUUUCAAGGAACAGAAUUACAUCUUCAUUUGUUCUGCAUAUUUAUCAAAAUAAUUUUUUCAUCUAACAAAUCUAAUAGGAAUACUUGAAGUCUGGCUGGCAACAAACAAUAUUAAAUUCAAUUUUCACAUUCCUAUUGUUCAGUUUUCAAUCUAAUGGUGGAAGCACACAAUUCUAACAUAUCAGAUAUGGAAUUAUUAUUAUUAUUAGGUAUGAGUUAUUUGUCUGCUGUUUCCUUUUGCGAAAAAAGGAAUUUAGUCCCAAUUACUUAAUUUCUAUUAAUGUUUCAUCAUGUGAUUACUAAAUCAUCAUAAUCAAUUGAAAAUUACAUUAAAUUCAUCAAAGAUUGGCAUUGAAAAAAUAUUGUGGCCAGCCUACUACGAUACCAGUCCCCACAGGAUAAAUGAGAUACUAUUUAAAAUUCAGAAAUAACUUAUCCUUGAAUUUAUCUUGUUCUAUUUUGAGACAUCAAUCAGGCCUGAUCUACAUGUAUGGUAGGCUUUGUGUCACAGAGAAUCCACUGUUUUACUUUUGAGUUGCUUAGAUGUAGUUAUAAUUACCGAUAACUUCUAUGUGUUUGCCAAAUUAUAGCUGUGAUGUGACACCGGACUGAAAUCCUAAGAUUUGUAAAGGUUAACAUAGAAGGUUUAAGAUUUUUUGAACCACUGUUGUGUUUUUUGCUCUUCCAGUUUAAUUGUAAUUUUAAAAUGAUGAAUUUGUAAUUCUUUGAACUAGAACAAAGAAUAAGAGUAUGCCAUUGAUUCUAUAUGGAGUGACAUCAUUGUAGACUGACUAAAACAAGUUUCUGACAAAAAAAAUCAAAGAAGCUUAUUGCUUAGAUUUCUCUUUUUAUUAGAGAUAUAUAACGUAAGGAAAUAGCAUGACAUGUAAUGACACUUCCGUCACAUAUUUGACUUGAUUGCUUGUAUUUCUCUUUUUAUAUCUCCCACAGUGUGUUAUAUUAAGGUCCUUUUAACUUUUGUUGUAUCAUGCAUAUGUUAUAUUAUUGUAAAAUGCCAAUUUAUAUCAUUGAAGGUAUACUUCUAUUUGCUAAAAAAAAUAUAUGAAUCAUUAACAUAAUAGUAUUAUAAGCUGAAUUAUUGUAGGGCCUCCUUUCUAUCUUCUCAUUAAGCUAUUGUCUUUCUAAAAAACUUCAUUUCACAUAGUCCCAUAUAUAGACUUUGUCUACGAUGUAGACAUUAUAUUCAUUUUCAAUCAAACUCUUAUCCCCAAAUACAUUGAUGACAACAAAUUCAGAUAUAUAUGUACAGCAUGCUCAAUGAUGAGCUACGUAUUGGGUGAAAAUUCAUCAUUCAGAAUACUGCCUGAAUCUGUGAAACAUCUCUUUAUUUCUUUGUUGAGCAUCAAAGUAUAACAUGGAUUUGCUACAUGCAUCAUAUUUCUGUGACUAGUACAUUAGCAAACAAAUCAUUGUUUGCACAAACCCUCUCCAAGCUAUGCAUAUUAGAUGUGAAUAAUAUCAAUUGUAUGUAUACAAUGUUUCACAUACAAUCAAUAAUAUGAAACAAAGAAUGAGGGAUUAUGCAGCCAUGGAUAGUAUUUCUUAUGGGCAACUGCAAACCUUCUGACUGGUUUGCGACCGAUUUGUGGCUAAAAUGCUAUAACCUUUGAUGGGAACAUUUAAACAAGGAAUAUACUAUCAUCCAAAGUUCUGACCCAUCAAAUAAAUGCCAAACUUGAAAUGCAGUAUAAAGGUACUUGCAUGCCUUGGAAUACAUAUCAAACCUAAUUCUAUUUAGUGACAUCAUAGUGACAUCAUUCUACGAGCUGCUACCAUUUUAAACAGAUUUGAACUUCAAUCAAAUUUUAAAAUAAGCAUUCUAGAAGUGAUUUCAAACCUCAAAAUAUUCCAAAUCAAAUCAUAAACCAAUCUUAAGGUUUGCUGUAGCUUUUACAGAAAAUCAAGUUUUGUGUGCAAAAAUGUGCUACCAUGAUGACAAUGGUUAGAAGGCUAUCCAUGUACUGCCAGGGGACUGUCCAGAAAGAAUGAUUGUAUGACUAAUUAUCACAACGGAUUGUACAGAGGUGUAACUACAAUCAAUUGCUAAGCGUUGUGUUACCGAGCCCUUGUCAAGAUCCUAUCCUCUUUACCUUUAAAGCUGUAACCUCUAUCUCACCUCUCCUAUUCUCCAACAGUUUUACAUUGAAUUAUUCUUUAUCAUAUCAUUCUCAUUAGAUAAACUAUGUUAUCAUUACCAUGUAGGCCAUUAUGAAAGAGUUAUGAGAUCUAAAAGGGAAAAAUAUUGUGUUAUAUGCACUUAAGCAAUUGGAAGUAUGACUCUUCUUAAUCUUGCAAUAAAUUGGUAAUUGGAAACCAUAUGGAAAAAAAUACAGAAGUCUAUGCUUCAUCCCUAAAAAUGUUUUUUUUAUUAAUAAUAGGUAGCCUUGGAUUUUGGUCCUCAUGAAAAUAAAUCCUCUUAAAAAUAAAAAAGAAAUAAGAAAAUUCCAAUAAAACAUUAACAAAGAAUACAACACAGGAAAAAUUAAGGCAUGCAUAAACUACUCAAUAAAUUGGCCUAUAGAUGUACAGUAUAUCUGUGUUGAAGCAUUAGGUAUACCAUGUUAGAUUGAAAAUUCAUGUUCAUCAAAGCUGAAAUUAAUAUGGUUAACAUUUAAUGAUUUAUUAUAAUUUAUAGAUAUUGGAUGUAUAAUUUGGUUUCCAGAAUUCAAGGUUACUUCAUUAUUUCUUAACUCACUUUGAUCUUUUUCAUUGAAUACAACAUAACAAGCAGAAUGUCUAUAACAUUAAUAUUUUUGCUAGAUGAUUCUGCUAGAAUAAUUUUGAUGGAAUGGAUCAAAGUUCAACAUAAAAUGGAAAUCUUAUAUCUUGCACUUACAUUCAAGUUUGACAAUAGCAAAAUAGGAAGAUCUAUGGAAUUCUAUGUGAGUAUAAAGAAUCAAAAUCAGGAUUCACAUUUAAGUACUAUAUAUCAAAAGAUGAUUUAAGGAUAUUUACUUCAAAAUUUUUAACUGAAUAUGAGAGUAAAAUUAAGUCAGAAUAUUGUCCACAAUGGAAAGUAAGAGUGAGGUAAAGAUUUUCAUUUCUAAGUAAUGUGUGUGAAAAUGGAUGCUAGUUAUAAGUAUAACAGAAUCUUAUGGAACUUUUUCAACUCAUCUUUGUGACAAAAAACAUUUGGUAUGCAUUUACUCUCAAGUUUGUAAAGAAUUUCAGAGAUAUACUUUGACCAAAAUGAUAUGAAAUUGUGUUAAAAAUGAACGGGACAUAAUUCUUCUUUAUUGAAGAUAGGUUGUAAAAGUCCCAAAUCAUUCUGUCAAUUGAAUGCAAUACUAUGUGCAUAAUGCAUUGAAAAUGGUAUUGAACCUUUAUAAAUAUUUAUACUACCCAUUUCAAGCAAAGAUAGACAAAAACAUUUCAAACAUCAUGAAGUGCUACAGAUACGUACAUUAUUUUCAUCUGAUACUGAUUUGUGAUCAGUGUUUUGGUUUUCAUACCAGGAUCUGAUCAUUAGCUCAUUAUGUUGCAUUCAAUGUAUGUGGUGAUAUUGCUUUAAUGUAAAAAUAAAUAGCAUAAAAUGAUUAUCAACUAUAUAAGACAUCCAACCAUGUGAUUAUAUGGACUAUUGAUUCAAUCACAAUUUAACAGUCCAUAAUGAUGAUACUCUCACAUACUAAGUAUGGCUGCAUAUUCAACAGGGCAAUAAACGUGCCACUUAUUGAAUGCAAAAAGCAAAAGCAUGAAUUCUGUUUUAACGGCAGGUGAUGUAGCAAAAUGUCACAUUUAGAUAUCUGCUUGUGGUGUCAUGCUAUUUCUUAAUAUCAAAAUAUUCUACUGAAUGUCACGGUUUUGUGGACCAUUUUGCUAGAACACCUAGCUUUAUCAACUAUUUAAGUUAUUGUUUGACAUCUCUGUGAAUUAUAGCAAAGUAAAUGACUUUGCUAUAUUUGCACAUUUAAUUCCAGUAAAUAUAAAAACAAAACUUGGCAUGCAGUCCAUUUUUCUCCUGGAAGAUGUCUUAAAAUUUAUGAAAGAGACUAACCUUUAUUAAACCAUACCAAUAUUUAUUACCCUCAAAGAAAUUACACUAUACUCUCAUCUUCAACUUGGAAAAUAAUGGGCAAUGUGAUUUGACUUGGGCAAAAUCAUCUCUUAAAAUAAAAGGGCAAUACCAUGAGAAUAAUGAUCCUACUCCCUUUCUCUUUUUCCAGUUUACUUUCUGUCAUUUGUAUCUUUCUUUUCCCUUCUACUGCAAUCUUUCUCUGUCUGCAUAUCUGUCUUUUUGUGUGUGUCUCUCCCUCCUUGUUCAAUUUCUCUUUCUUUUUACCUCUAUCCCUUCCUCACCUCGCUUUCUUUCAUUUAAUUGUCUGUCUAUUUGUAUCUCUGUUUCUCUAGCUCUCUCUCUUGCUCACUCAAUCUUAAAAUAUUUCAUUUUCAAAUUUGGGUAUAUAAGAAAGAAUAAAUUGGGCAUAAUACCAGACAAAAAGACAACACUGCUCCCAAAAUUAGUUUGACCAUGUUCAGAAAAAGAGAGGUUAUCUAGUUGAGAAUCAAAUGAUUGGAUAUGGCUUCUUCAUUCACCAUAUCACUCAAUCAGAAAAUGAGAUGCAUAGAAAAGUGACCUAAUAGUGACCAUUUAUAUAAAGCAAGUUUUUCUUUCUUGGCCAACUACAUUUUAAGAAACAUUAUCUAAAAAUGAGCCAAUCUUUAGAAACUUGUGUCGAUCACUUUUUACCAAUUUCACCAUAAUGGGAUUGGCUUUCCAAACCUCACUGUUUGCCAUUGCAGGAAUGGAAACCUUAAAAGGAAAAAGAGGCUUUGAAGGAAUGCUGAUAGAUACAUAAAACAAUUUGGUCUUUUUUUAAAGUACGACCACACCAAUGUUUACCCAUAAAAUUGGUAUUAAAAAUGUAAGAAGCCCAGAAACUGUGACCUAUUGAAGUCGAUUGAGCAAAAAGAACAAAAAUAAUAUCCUUGUGAUGAAACUAUGCUGUAGGAUUGUGGGGAAAGUUUUUGUUUUCCAGAUAAUAAGGACUUCUUCAGGGAUAUCAUGCUUACAGAGAAACCACCUUUACAGUCCUCAGAAAAGUCAUUGUCAUCAUCAUCAUGAUCAUCGUUAUCAUCAUCUUCAUCCAUACUGAUGAUCCCAUCAUGAUGGCAGAGCAUUCCAAGAUCCAUGCUGCAUCACACCUAUCAAAUGUUAUUAAGAUCAAUAUUUCCUACUGCAAAUAUGAUGCUCACCAGUAGAAAGUGGUAUUAUACCAAGACAAUGAGUUGACCAGCAAAGGUAUUUCCAGUUUCCAUACUAUGUCUUGAUUUUUAAUUAAGGUGUCUUCAAUAAUCUCACAAGCAAAUAAGUGCUGUGUAAAUGUACGGAUAGCCAUAUGAAAUACCCCUCUUAACAUAGAUUUUGUUAAGUUUUUUUUGUAUAUUGCUGUAGAGUUUUGACGGAAGUAAGAAAUACAUUCUGUUUAAUCCUCUUCCUCUGUUUCCCUAUCUUUUCAAUUUUCAAUGGUUGCACCUCCUCCUUAUAGUAGGGAAUAUCUUUUUAUCUUCAGAAAAUUCUGAAGUUAAGAACCUUACCAAAAGUUGGUCUUACCAGAAGGAAGCAUCUUUACAUCACUUAUCCUCACAUUCCAUCACAAACAAAAAGAAUGAGGAAUGUUUGAAGACUGUUGUGUAAAACAUUAACACCUAUACUUGUAGAUGUGGUACAUACCUUUGGUAAGGUUCCUUAUCAAGUGUGUAGUGUGUAUCAAACAAAUAAUUACAAAUCUUGGAAGACUUCAUUAAAAGCAUUUGAUAGGGAGUUGUAUGCAUUGGAUACAAUCAUUGGAAGAAUAUUGGUAAUGCACUACCGAUGAAAUGAAAUCAAUUGAUCAUCACUCAACAAGCAUUCCUCUGGUUCCUGUAUCAACGAGGUAUCAUCAUUUAUUUCCCUUUUAUUCAUUAAUGUGGUAUAAUUUUGGGAAAUUGCUUCCAAAUGGACAGAUAAAAUAAACUUUUCAAUAACAAUACCAAACACAAUAUUCCAUUUAUAAAUCAGAAAUAUUUUCAUUCUGAAGAUCAACAUGCUUCCCACUCAGGAUAUCAAUAAUUUGGAUUUCUUAUAUCUUAAAAAAAAAAUAAUACUUGCAUAUUUAAACAAGCAAAUAAAUUUUCAGCAAUUAUAUCCCUAAAACCUGAAGGCAAGUUAUCUCAGGGAUAACCCUACAAUCCUCCAUCAGUGGGGCUAGAACAUUCAGUUCAGACAAAGAGUUUGGGAUAGAGCAAUGUUUUACACGCAAUAGUUUGUCCCUCUGAAGCUUUGUCUCAUCACAAUGUCCCAGAGCCAGUGGACACAUGAUCAAAUUAAUCUGGAAUAUGCCACAAUAUUGUCCCAAGGUCUCUAAGGGGUUUCUGUGAUGUCUCUGCCAUCUCUGGUAGGUUUGUAGAUGUCACAGAGACUGAGUCCACAACUCAAGCCAGUGAGACCACCCAUUCACACUGAAUGGGAAGCAAAUCUAGUUUCUCAUGAUGGAUGAUUCUGGUGUCAAUUUGCAUAAAUUAUCCUUUUGAAAGCAAUCUCUCGUUUACAUUUAUUUGAUGGAUCGUAAUAAUAUGUAUGAAGAGUACUCAUCUCUGUCAUAACUAUUUUCAUUUCCACAUGUACUAAUAUUUUGUUAACAGUUAAGGGUAUAAAAGUGGUAUACUAGUUUCGAAUCACUUGUUUUUGCAGUUUUUAGGUUCACGGAGCACAAUCUAAUCAUUUAGGAGUAAAUGUGGUUCACAUUGGAAAACGGGGCCUUUGUGAAGAGUUGCGAUUAAUUGAAAUAACUCAUAUCUCCUAAGAGGAAUUUUGAGAUCAAUCUUUAAAUUAAGAUUGAUUAAAUAAUGGAUGAUUUAUUUAAAUCAAUCACAUCUCUUCAUUUGAGAGGCCAUGGUCUUUGUAUCAGCUUUUUCUAAUCUUCUUUAGAUGUGAACAUAGUGAACUGACAAGACCUAUAUAAAAUGUACAUGAUGGAAACUCAACCUUUUGUUCUACCAAGAUUAAGAUAUCAUUGUGUCGGUGUAGGAACGCCCUUAGCACCACACUUCGGCAAACCUCACCAAUGAUGAAAUGCACAUACGCAAUGCCCUUAUGCGCGCAACUAAGGGUGUUUCUGCGCGCAUAUAAUGCCCAAAAGUAUAGUGCUAAGGGCGUUCCUGCAACGAUAUGAAUCUUAAAACAAUCAAAAUGGUUUUAACAUACCAGUUAAAAUGGGCAAGAUAUUGAAAAAAAUGGUGUUUGGUUAUAAUUAUCUUCACGUAAAUAUGAUUUCUUGAUUUUCUCAGGGCAUGAGUGUGCAUGCUUUAUUGUACCUUCUCCCUUAUUUUGACAGGUCUGAUUUGUUGAUUUUUUUUCUUCAAAUCUUACCUUAAAGAGUUGUAAGUGACUGAGCCAGUUAUGUGUUUUACAAACAGUGUGCUUUCGUUGGUUAUUAAUGAUUAAUAUAUUUUUCCCCUAUAUACUUAUUUUACACCAGAAUAACAAUCUUUUUUCUUUCAGGCCAUUCAUUUUUUCACCCAUAAACAGGAUUUUAAUUUUGAUUUCUUUCUCCAUCAUUUAUAUUUAAUUGAGAGUGAGUAACAAAGUUAACAUUUUUUAGCUUAUUCAUAUACUAACCAAACUUUUUUGCAGGUUUCUAACUCAUCCCCUCCAAAGUGUCAACAAUAAAGGUAAAAGGGAAUAGAAAGAAAUAAACAGAUGAUAGUAAAAGGGAUUUAUUCUUAACUAUCCUUUACCUUAGAAGUAUGUAGUAGUUGAUCAAGAGUAAUACCAACAUACUCACUUCAACUAGCCAAAUCCCAGGGUUUAAAAGAUAAUUACUCCAUAACAAUUUGCCUACUAAUGAAUUACCCAUACAAGCUUUGAAAGACACAAUCAGUCAUGUGAACUACAAUACAUCAUCCAUUCAACCUGUGUUAAAUUCAUUUCUGCUUGACGUCAUGCUUUUAAUUGAGUUUUACAGAUAUAAAACUCAGACACAUCUUUUUCAAAAGAAACAUAAUUGUUUCAUUAGAGAUACAUCUGUAAUGGUGACAGCAUAGCUGAUUGGGGCCCAUUUCAAAUUUCAGCCUCUGUGUCCUCUCAUCAUAAUUUCAUUUUCUGUUUCUGUAGCAACAACUAUGAAAAUUAUGAUUACGCAUGUCUAAUGUUAUUCAUUAAUUGGGCUCUCAGGGAUUUGAACUCUGGAAUGAUCUGUUUCCAAAUAUCUCUAAAUUACACACACAAAACUUGUUCAUGAUUUGUUAUACUAAGGAGAUUAAUCUAUUUGAUCAAUAUAUCAGUUUUUACAAAAACCAAUACAAAUAGGCUUUUCCUAACCCCUCUGAAAUAGAAAAAUUAAAACAAAUAUCUGUAGUUCUUUUCUAACCAAUCAUGUUAGUCUCCACUGAGCCUUAAUGCAUUUUUUUAAAGAGAAAAAAUUAACUCCUAUUUAACCAAAAAAUGAAUAAAAUUGAAAAAAUACUAUGAAUUUUCUUAUAACUUAUAUUUUCAGGACUUGUAUAGACAGAAGAGUUUCUAAUGCAAAAAGUAAAUAAUAAACAAAAAGAUGAAAACUGGAGAAUACAUGAUGAAAUUUAUUACCAAAUGAAUAGUGGUCAAUAAGAAUGACUAUUUCUAUUUAAAGGGAAAUCUAACCCAAAUAAAAACUUGUUUUUAGAGGAAAAGAAAAAAAAUCAGACAAGCUGAUAGGUGAAAGUUUGAACAAUAUCGGACAAACAAUCAGAAAGUUAUGAAUUUUUAAAAGGUUUAAAAAUUGGUAAUCACUAUACCCAUGGAGACUUCAAAUUGGCCGCAUAUGUGAUGUCAAAGUGAUGUAAGGCAAGGGCUACUCUUUCAUUUACUUCAAUACAUAAAAUGGCUAAAAUUUCAUUUUUUUCAAAAGUUAUACUUCAAAUUACAUUUUUCUUUCAUGAGGACAUAAAACAAUAUACUACCUGGUUUAUAAUUAGAUUACUGCCCCAAGGGAAUGGGUACUUAUAGGAGGAAACCAUAAAUUCCUGAUAAUUAAGUACAUGGCCAAUGGGAAAGUUGUCCUUGUCAUAAUUUACUUACCCAGUUACCAAUUUGACAUCUACAGUCUUAGGGAUCUCAAUUUUAAAGCAGCCAUAACUUUAUUGCUUGUCUGAUUUCUUUCAAAUUUUCACCAUUCUGUUUUCUUUAUUUUUCUCCUUUCCAACACAACUUUUAUGACCAAGGCUAGGUCCCCCUUUAACCUCAAUUUUCUCUAUCAUUACACUUAAAAAAAAAAAGAAUCCUAUUAAAAUGUAUUACCAGGGUAGUCUUACACCUUUAAAAUGCCACUUCACUGUCAAGCAAACCCUUAAUUGAUCAAAUGUACAUUGUUCCAUGAUAAAGUUUUUACUAUAGCAAGGUAAGUAGAAUGGAUCAUAAUGUUAUGACUAGUUCAUUAUAUAGCCUUGACAUUCCACACUGAUGUAUUAGUUCACGCAUCAUCAACCAUAAGGAGGUUUUUGAUAUAUUAUUCUAAAACACAUUUUAAAACAUAUGAAAUCAUUUUUUUUCUUUUCUCAAGCUUUUAUCACCUUCGUUCUCCGGGGGGGGGGGGGGGCACUCAGUAUAUAAUGCAUGGUGGGUAUGUGCCGCGGAGGAGACCCCCAUUUUAGCUGCAUGCACGUAUGCCUGUUCCAUAGGGAUGCAUACGCACUCAAACGCAGGCGGCCCACUCCAAGGACCCCCGUUUUCAUAAACAUUUGUAGUUCCGAAGCCCGUUUCGAGGACUCUCCUUUUUACAAUAAGCCCGCUCCAAGGCCCCCGUUUUUUGUCUCGCCCGCGGCACAUACCUACCACUUUUUUGGUCAAGUACCCCCCCCCCCCCCCGGGCGUUCUCCUACCUUAAUACUUCUGACCAAAAUAAAUGGGAAAAAAAUGAUCUAGAACAGUUUAAUUUCAACAAAUUAUCAAUUAUUCCCCAAUUUAAUAAUGGAUAUAUGAGAUUUUGAAAUUUGAACCAUCAACAAUAAUUUAUUUUUCAAAAAGGGAUGUUAUGAAUUCACCAAUUAUAAGUGAAACAUGAUUCACAAGCAGAAAAAUGUAUUUCAUUAAUCCAUCAAGUCAUACAUGAUUGAUGUACAUAUCAAUCACAGGCAAAAAAACAAAUGUUUCAAUAGUCACAGAGGCCAUAUACUAUACUAACUGUUCCUCUUAGUUUUUUUAUCAGCUUUUAUAUCAUACUUAUAUACAUUAUAAACAAUAUAGCAGUUUGUGAAACAAACCCCCCAAAUUAAUGCAGCAUAUAGGUGUAUCAUUCUGAAUUUCUUUAAAAUAUAGAAAUAAACUUAUGGAUAUCACCACAUCACCAAAAUAAUAUUGAAAUGCUCUUAAAAAAAAGAGUAAUACUAAUAGGAACAAUAUGCAUGGAAAACAAGCCAUGUAUUGUUGACGGGGAGCAGGAUACAUGCAAAUUAUACAAAACGCUAUAAACGCAAAAUCAACCUGGUAAUCAUGACCUAAUCUCAAGCCUAGCAAGUGAGCGGAAUACAGGAGCAAGGUGGAGCAAAGGCGUGCCUAGUUUGCCUUUUCAGACCCUUCUCAUUCACAUGAAAAAAAACUGAGAGUAAUAAUUCACAGACUAUACUCAUUGUUUUAGAUAAAUUCAUAACAUAAAGCUUUAUAGUUGAUCUCCUCCUUCAAUACAGCCAGGGAAUGAAAGCUCUGUUUACGGAAUGAUAUUAGAUUAGUCUGAUACUUUAGAAUAGUUGGUGCCUUGAUGAGAGUGAAUAUGGGCAUGGGAACAUUAUCAUUGCCUGACAUUUACAGCUGCUAUAGGAUGCCUAGUCCAUUAAGUAUUCAUAGCAAAAAAAUGUUCACUGAUUCCAAAACUCAUCCAUAUUUGAUUACCUGGAUAGGAUCUUUGAAACACAAAACCAACCCUCCAUGGCACACAAAUAGAUUUGCUUUUGGAUUAAAAAAAAUAUCUUUAUGAAGUAGACAAAAUUUUAUCAAAUAAAAUGAAGCAAGUCUGAUGUAGUUACAUGCACGGUUUGGUACAAUAAGUUAUUGAUAUUCCUUUUCUCUCAAAAUUUACAAUAAUUUCCUUUGGCUUUGCAGUAAAUAUUUUAUAACUGAUUAUGACAGGAUGUUUAGUAGUAAUUUGUUUUCUGAUCAGAAAAUAUUUUUCAUUUUAUGAAUUACGCAACUGUCAUGAACUGUAUUUUUUCCCUCUCUGAAUGACUAAUUAAUUUUGGAAAAUAUAUCAAUUCAAAUCAAAUAAAUUGAAAUCAAUUAUAUUUAUUCAUAUCAAUUCAAAUCAAAUCGAUUCUGAUCAUAUUAAAUCACAUCAAUUUUGAAUUAAAUCAAAUCAAACAAAAAAUUCAAAACCAUAUAAAACUAAACCAAAUCAAAUCAAAUUAAUUUAAUUAAGAUCAACAUAAUUCAAGUCAUUCAAAAUCAAUUCAAUCAAAAUAAAAUCGAUUUACAUCAAAUCAAAUCAAUUCUAGCCAGGUUUCCUCAUACCAAGCAGAUGGUUGCCUAUUAGAGCAAAGAUCAACUUAAAAAAUAUAUGUAGCAUACUAAUGGUUAAGAUUUAGACAAGUUCAACCAAAAAAACCCUCCACAAAUCAGCAAUUAAUUAUUACGCUGCAAUUGUUAAACAAUUUUACAUGACGUCUUGGCAAUAUGAAGAUUAGCCCAAUAACUGUUGAAUUAUGAAAUUCAGAUUAUGAGUUUUUUUCCAGUAGGGAGAUGGGGUCAUUUACCACUGUAAUACUUGAUUUUCUCCUACAGUUGAAAUGGAGGGAAUGCAACUCUGAUAAUUUUCAAAAUUAAUAAAAUGGUAAGAGGCUAUCAAUUAUUGCAACAACAAAAGAUUUAUCAUGAUACAAUAAUUUUAGCAACAGAAGCGACCUUGUCAUUUGAAUUGCAUAUACUUUAUAGUAGAGUGUUUUCUGUAGCUCCAUUUCAACAGCCAUUACGUAGCAAUAUUUUAAGGACCAAUAUUCCAUGCACUACACUAUGCAAACAAGGUGGUUCUCAAGUGUAGGUUGUAGGACCAUUAAUAUUUAUGACCAUUCCACACGCUGAUCCUAGCUUUCACACACAUGUAGCAGGAUUCUCUCCCACUCACAUACAAAGAAAGAAAAUCUAUACCGGGUGCACGAUGUAUUCACACCAAUUGUGUUGAUAACGGGCUGGGGAUGUGCGUAACGGAGUUAGCAGCAGACGUUCAUAUGAAUAUGUGAUUAAGUUUAUGCAGUGAUCCACUGUAAAGAAAUGAAUUAGUUAUAUGGUAUGGAAGAAUGAAAUUUUAUUAUUUAUCACAUAAUUAUGAAGACACAGACAGAGAAAAGAAUGAGCCCAAAAUUCUUUUUUUUUUAUCACCACCACUUUACCUUAUUCAAAUAUGACCAUAGAAGACUGGUUAAGAGAUGUAGGCCUACUUUUAAUUUUAAAAGAAAUGGUUGGGGAAGAAGUCAGGAGAUAAUAAAAGUGAAAAUUCUCAAAUAUCAUUUAUUUACGCCUUAUUACAAAGUCAAAAUAUCCUUUGCACAUCAAACUUUCAUUAGCACUAUACAAAAAGGGGCCAAAAAGUACUUAAGCUGUGUCUGUUUAUUUCCACUGGAAUUUAGCAGGUUUAGGUAAAUGUUCAAACAAUGGCAUAUUCAACUCAGGGAAAUUACUCAUCGACUUUAUUCCUAUUUCAAUCAGAUUUAUGAAGAAAGAUGUGUUGACAAUUGCAAAAUCUUAAGAAAUGAAUUCCUAAGUAACCUCGGAUAUUUUUUAUCAAAAAUAGUUGGUAACAAAACUAUAUAGGCUUAUAAGGAAAUUUGUCACCAAUUAUUCCUACUGAUAAUUUUGUUGACAGGUCACUGUCAAUUUCAAAAUGCAUUCAAUACCAUUCCAUGUCAUAAUGACUUUGCAGAAUGUAUGAAAUUGAGCUAUAAUGAUGAAAGGGCACCUCUAUUAAGAUAGCAUGGUGCUGAUGAAUAGAUGAAUUGAUUUUUAUUUUCACACAUAAUGCUCAAGCAAACAGAGGAGAAAGAAAGUUAUAACAGUCAUAGUCACAAAUCUAGAGUGACUAAUUGUCAAACAGUUCAACCUUGUACAAUAUAUUCAACAAAUGAAUACCCCCCCAAAAAAAAAAUAUAUUGUUUUUAGUCACAAGCAUACAAAGAAUUAGAAUUUACCUUUGAAUAAGUGUAAUUAGCACAAGUAGAAUAAGGGGCAUGAUUUUUCUAGUAGUGAUGAAAGGGGAAAUAGGUGACUGGAAAAGAAAAUUAUAAACAAGAGACCUGCAAUGUGUACCUAUAUUAAAAAAACAAUGUCCUGUUUUAGUCAUCCCCAAUAAAAUACCAUGUAACUGGCCAUGAAUAUCAACUUAUAAGUCACAUAAAAGUACAAAGGCUUAAUCAUGACAAAUUCUUCUCUACAGUGACAGAAAUAUAUGCUAUAUCUAUAAAUGAAAUUAAUACACAGACUUCAAUGCCAAGAACAUAUGACACAUUCUUUAUUCUUCCAUUUUGGUUCAAUAAUCCUACUUUAUCAGAUAUAAUGAUGAUUUUUGAAAAAAAUAAAAGGCUUAUUCGACUUUAUAGUAUCCUUUCAUUGAUCCUUAUGCCUGGGAUAACAAAUAACAUGAAACUUCGUAUUUUACUCAACUCAGAUCAUGGUCUAAGGUUUGAAAAUGAAUAUAGUUUGAUACUUCUUAUAUACAAUAAAAUUUUAGAUGUUAAGAAAAUCCAUAUAAUAGAUUUGGAUGCUUGUGUGACUGCUAGAAUUAUGAUGCAUUUUAAUAUUCCCCCAUGAUUGCCAUAAUUUUCAAUCCAAUAUUCAUUUGAAAUCAAGAAGAUUUUGAUAUGAUUAUCCUAUUAAACAUGAAUAAAAGAAAUUAUACAAUUUCAAAUCAAAGAUUUAUGAAAUAAUCUGAAUCACUUUUGUGGAUAUUUCUUGAAGUAUACAUGUUCCAGUAUUUAACAUGGACAGAGAAAAUAAAGAUGUGAAUAGUUGUUCAAUAAGCUUGUACACGAUUAAUAAUUCACAUGACACAAACAUACACCAUAGCAAGUUGACUUUAAAGACACAGUAUAUUGUCAGGAAGUUCCUUAGAAAUGGCAAAGAAUUUUAAACACUACAGUAACCCUAAAGAUAAGGUUUUUUCACCAAUAUCCCCCUCCCUCUGAUUGUCUGUAAGUCUCUUCACCCCAUCCAGUAUCAUGAUAAUGCGUGCUAUCGCAUAUGUGACCUUUAUGGCGACAGCAGCGCAAAUUAGUUUGGCUGGGGCUACAAUUGUGCCGAUGAAUUGCAAAUUAGAAGGCUUGCUAGCCAUCCCAUAUCUCUGUAUAGUACGAGGCAGGCCGUCAUCUUAGCAAAGACUAUCAUUUCCUUCCAUUCCCUCCUGAAUAUGCUGGGAUAAAUAAACCAUAUCAAAUGUGUGUAAAUGGUUCUAUACUCCAUCCUACCUCAUUUAUCUUCGCUAUGCAUGGAUAGUAUGGAACAGGGACUUUAUUACACCACAAAAUGAAUUAUUCAUUUUUAUUGACAAGAUGAAUGAUGAAUGAACAAUGGAGAGUUGAAUCCUCGCUCCCGGGGCGGGGCGUGAUGACACUCCCUUCCCUAUAUAUUUUACACAGAUGUUUCUUUUUUUUUAUAUCCUACUUAAC